AUGAGCGUUGAGCUGCUGAAAGCCAUCGUCGAGAGCGAAACAUCCAUUCCUGCCAAUACACAGCGACUCGUCUACAAUAAUCAGCUACUGGGAAAUGACUCACAGACGUUGGAGCAGAUCGGGAUUGGGGAAGGGGACAUGCUAGGUGUUCACGUUACCUUGCGGAGCCCACAGGCGCCCGCUCGCAGUGUAGGGCCCCCCAGCACGGCAGCCCAACAAAAUCUUCAGCGUCGGCAGGCGGCGGCCCCCGAUCCGGAAACUAUUCGACUCCAUAUCCUGGGUGAUCCGCGAGUGCGCGAGGCAGUGCGACGGCAAAACCCUGAGCUGGCGCAAGCUGCAGACGACGCCCACCGAUUCCGUGAGGUCCUGAUGGCACAACAGCGGCGGGAGGCUCAGCUCGAGGCGGAGAAGGAGGCGCGGAUCGCCAUGUUGAACUCAGAUCCCUUCAACCCGGAGAAUCAAAGGGAGAUUGAGGAGAUCAUUCGACAGAAUGCGGUGACCGAGAACCUGCACACUGCCAUGGAGCAUCAUCCUGAAUCAUUCGGUCGCGUGACGAUGUUGUAUAUUCCUGUCGAAGUCAACGGUCACAAAGUCAAUGCGUUUGUCGAUUCCGGGGCACAGGUCACCAUUAUGUCUCCCGAGUGUGCGACCGCCUGUAAUAUCAUGCGCUUGGUGGACCAACGGUACGGCGGUAUUGCAAAAGGUGUUGGAACGGCCACCAUCCUGGGUCGGGUACACUCGGCGCAGAUCAAGAUCGGUAGCAUGUUCCUGCCAUGCUCCUUCACGGUCAUGGAAGGGAAGCACAUUGACUUACUCCUCGGCCUGGAUAUGCUGAGGCGACACCAAGCGUGCAUCGACCUCAAGAACGGCGCUCUGGUGAUCCAAGACCAAGCGGUGCCAUUCCUGGGAGAAGCCGACAUCCCCAGGCAGCUGCAGGAUGAAUUCGAGGAUGAGCCCAUCAUCAAGGGUGCUGAUGGUGCCGAAGUCGGCGCUCGAACCGGUGCGAUCACGCAUCAGGCCAGCGGCUCCAGCACAUCAGCUGCUGCUCCGUCGUCUUCGACGCCGAGAAUGAACAUUCGUCCCGCGGCAUCAUCACGAUGGCCGCAGGACUCGAUCGCAAAAAUCACAGAGCUCGGGUUUACUCGGGAGGAGGCGAUCCGGGCAUUGGAUGCAGCCAACGGGGACCUUGAUGGGGCCAUUGGUUUCUUGAUCUGA